ACACAGGCAUAAGUGCAUAACUAAUCCAUUAUCGAGCGUCCCAUUAGCAUCGCCCUCUCUCUUCCCAUAUCUCCGCCGCCGUCAAGAUGGGUAGGGUCAUCCGAGCCCAGAGGAAGGGAGCAGGAUCAGUUUUCCGAUCCCACACCCACCACCGUAAAGGCCCAGCUCGUUUCCGAAGCCUCGACUUUAGCGAGCGCAAUGGCUACCUGAAGGGCGUGGUGACCGACAUCAUCCACGACCCCGGCCGCGGGGCUCCACUUGCGCGCGUAACUUUUCGUCAUCCAUUCCGUUACAAGCACCAGAAAGAGCUCUUCGUCGCCGCCGAGGGCAUGUACACCGGCCAAUUCGUGUACUGCGGCCGCAAGGCGUCUCUCAUGGUCGGGAAUGUUCUUCCUCUCCGAUCUAUACCCGAGGGCGCCGUUGUAUGCAACGUAGAGCACCAUGUUGGUGAUCGUGGCGUUCUCGCGAGGGCGUCCGGAGAUUACGCGAUCGUCAUCAGCCACAACCCUGAUAAUGGGACGUCUAGAAUUAAGCUCCCUUCCGGUGCUAAGAAGAUUGUUCCAAGUGGAUGUCGAGCCAUGAUCGGCCAGGUUGCAGGCGGCGGUAGGACUGAGAAGCCUCUUCUUAAAGCCGGCAAUGCCUACCAUAAGUAUCGGGUGAAGCGGAACUGCUGGCCAAAGGUCCGAGGUGUUGCUAUGAACCCUGUGGAGCAUCCUCAUGGUGGAGGAAACCAUCAGCAUAUCGGCCAUGCCUCAACUGUUAGGCGUGAUGCUCCUCCUGGGCAGAAGGUUGGUCUCAUUGCUGCCAGGAGAACUGGUCGUCUCAGGGGCCAAGCUGCUGCUACUGCUGCCAAGGCAGAAAAGGGUUCUUAAAAGGUCAAGUUUUUAGCUUGCGCUUUUCCUCAUCCAUACUAUUUUGGACUUGUUCUGUUCAAUUAUUUAAGAAUAUACAGUUUUUUUAGCUUUUUUUUGUUGGAAAUUUAGCAGGUCUCGAUAUGGCUUUAUGUUGGAUGAACAUGUUUGUUAUAUAUUUCAUCGUUUUAAGGAAUAAUUUGCAUGCAACAAAGUGUUAUUGCAGCAAUGGUA